AUGGAAUUAAUGUUUCCGAAACAUCGUGAUUACAAAACACGCAACAUACUUACGAUGAUGGAACGCGUUCAAGUGAUCAAAGCUUACAAACGCAUGCCCAACUAUCAGCGUUUAGCGAGUCGUUUCGGUUGCAGUGCCAAACAGAUAAAGAAUAUUAUAUCAAAGAAGGAUGCCUUACUACGUCACUAUGACAAUGUUCGUGCUAAUAAGGAGACGGACGAAGCUGCCACACGGCGCCAAGAGAAGAUCGACUUCCUCGGCAAAGUGGUUUAUGAGUUUUUGUUGCGCGCCCUCUACCUUCGCAUGCCAAUCAGUACGUCGAUCAUACGACAGAAAGCGUUUGAGGUUAAAGAAGCGAUUGCUAUUGAAAAUUUCUCCCCGAACAAUUCUUGGUUGCAAGAUUUCCGAGCAACUUAUAAUCGUUUGGAUUUAACGGGUAUGAUGGAGCGAUUGCCCAGCGACAUGGAAAAGCGGCAAUCGUUGAAAUGCAUAGACAUCAUUGACUAUGUAAGCGGGCAAGAGCGAGAGGAGCGGCGCAGGGUGAAUGUGUUGGACGAUGAGAAUUGUAAUAACUUGUGGGAGAGUGGGAAUGAUAACAGCAGUACGUAUAGUAACGAUGAGCACACAAUGGGUUUUAAUAUGCACGCGAACGAGUUUGGUUCAAGCGAUUAUGAUGAUGAGGAAAGUGUGAAUACUGUUGAACCCAUUGUGGUUGAUCUGGAAGCGGAUGACGAAACUGGUGGAGAGAGUGUUAAUGAGGUGUAUUCGUCUGCUGUUAAGAAGGGAGCAGUAAGCAAUAAUAAUAACAACAACAACGUGCCACCAUUAAAGCCCAUCACUCCCCCACCAUUUGCAGAUAUACACAGCUACCCAGAGGCGUUGCGUCACCUUCGGGUUUUAGAGGAUUUCGCUAUGAUUGAGGAGAAUUAUCGUGCCAUUGGCUUGAUAACACAGCUGGAGCAGAUAUUCAAGAAUCCACCGAAACUGAAGCGUAUAACCCAUUGA